CUCCGCGCAAAAAGUGACUACAUUUCCCGGCAUGCUCCACGCCAGACACUUCCUCGACUCGUUUGACCAGUCAAGUUUUGGGAGUUUCGCUCUUUCUCACAUUAUUAAGCUCGUUUCAAAGCGAUAGUUUCGGCAGAGUUGUUGAAGUUACAGACUUUGCAUUCGCGGUCGUGAAACACACAGAAUGACUGAAGCAUUCUCAGGUGAGCAGCACACAAGCGUUCACACGGACCGGUCCCCCGGGUUCCUGGAGCGUCUGAGCGCGAGCGCCGGCGGCGUGAUGGCGGGCGUCUGUCUGCUCGCGCUGUCGUUCUACGUGCUCUUCACGAAUGAGGGGCGCGCUCUGCGCACGGCCUCCUCUCUGGAUGAGGGUCUCAAACAGGUCGUGUCUCUUCAUCCGGACGUGAUGUUAGACCCUCAGAAUGACGGGCGUCUGGUUCACCUGUCCGGGCCGCUGCGGACCGCGCAGCCGCUGUACGACCCGAACUACGGCGUGACGGUGCAGGCGGUGAAGCUGCAGAGGCGGGUGGAGAUGUACCAGUGGGUGGAGUACAGCGAGAGCAGGUCUGUGAGUGUGGUGGCGAUGCAGCAGAGCAAUCAGCUGAAGCCCUUCAGGACGCGCUCCGGAGACGUGCUGGAGAUCCUCUACACGGGCGAUCUGUCAGCAGAGGAGGUGUUUGCCAGAGAACAUCAGCUGAACAACAUGAAGACCUGGGCGCUGAGGCUCGGCGGCUGGGCGCUCAUGUUUCUGGGCGUCAGUCUGAGCACGCGGAUCAUAUACACGCUGGUGGACUGGGUUCCUGUGCUGAGGGAGCUGGUGUCUGCGGGGCUGAAGAUCUUCGCGCUCUGCGUCUCGUGUUCGCUCUCACUGCUCACCAUCUCCGUCGGAUGGAUCUUCUACCGGCCUCUGCUGGGUGGGAUGAUCGCGCUGCUCGCACUCCUGCCGCUUCUCCUCGCACACGCCAGAGCCCCGUCCAAGAAAAACCAGUGACUAGUUUGACGUCUCGAGCAAAGCCUCCAGCAACUCUGAGCUUCUCUGCAUUUCUACACAGUGCUGCAGCCGAGAAGACUUCUGUGGGGUUUAUAAUGGGCUUUCUCAAUUCACUAAACAAGACUUGAUCACUUUAGUUGUACAACAUAAACUGCACACAUUCACACCCAAAUGCUCUCAUGUAGUCAUAAACAUGCAUCUUU